CUGUCAAGCCUCUCAAGUGGGCGAGCCGAUGGCAGUCGCGAAACCAAAUUAAACAUUCACAACACACACGCACACACGCGGCCUGGUGCAGCAAAACAUCCGUCACCAUUCUCAAUGUUGCCUCCCGCUCGGCAGGGUGGUGAUAUGCUCGUGCCGUGAACGCCGUCCCCGUGUGUGUGCUGUGUUGCCGUGUGUGUACAGUGUGUACUUUGUUUUUCUAUUCCCUCUUGCUCUCACUCUCGUGCUCGGUCGUAAUCGUGCCUGUCGCGUGCAGUUUCCUGCUACAACACACACACACGCACGCUAAGCACCAUCAUCAGUGUGUGUGUGUGUGUGUGCGUGACAAAACCGCUGCAAUCAAUAUUGUUGCUGUCAAGCGAGCAGCAACGGCCGGAGAGGGGCGGAGGCACCAAGCGGAGAGGCCACCACUUCCUGCUUUCUAGAUGAAUCAUCUCUGCUGAAAGCGGAAAUUCAGUGAGUGUGUGUGUGUGUGUUUGUGAGCGCGAGAGCCUCCGUGUGUCCAUCGUAUCAGGUCCGGUUGCAAGCAAAUGGCGAUGGAGGUGUUCCAGACCGAGACGCACUACAUCUUCGUGCGGAAGGAGCGAAGCCUCUGGUGGAAUCGAUACUCGUCCGAGUUUCAGCUCAAGUGUGGCUGGGAUCUGUCCUCGGUGGACGACAUUGAGUGUAUCGGCGUGACGCACGGCAUCGUCGGCACGAUCGCGCUGCAGGGCGUGCUGGACCCGCACCUGAUCGUGAUCAAGGAGGUGGUGCCGGUCGGGGUGCUGUACGCGCCCCACUUGGUGUACAAGAUCCGCAGCAUUGCGGUGCUCGGGCCGGACGGGGCGGAUACGGUGCUGCUCGGGUGCAGCAAGCACACCACCAGCCAGACGGUGAAGGUGGCGCCGGCGGGCGGUACGGCCGCACCCGAGGGCCACCCCUCGCCCGCCAAGGGCCGGCUGUUCGAGAGCUCCGCCCUGGUGAACAAGACGUGGGGUGCGGUCAAGAGUGCCGGCAGCACGAUCCGCAACACGACCGAGAAGGCGGCCGCCAUCGCGACCAGCCAGGUGAAGUCAACCGUCAGCCUGGUGGUGAAGGCGGACCCGGUGCGCAUCGAGAAGCGCGUGCUGGACGAGCUGCACAAAAUCUUCGACGAGACGGACAGCUUCUACUAUAGUCCCAACUGUGAUAUUACGAACAACUUGCAGCGCCGGGGCGCCCCGCCCGACGACCGCUUCUACUGGAACCGGCCGAUGCUGGCGGAGCUGCUGCGGGUGGUGAGCGAGCAGCCGGGGGGCGAGGACUGGGUGGUGCCGAUCAUCCAAGGGUUCGUGCAGGUGGAGCAGUGCGUGAUCGGCAACGAGUGCUUCACGCUAGCGCUCGUGUCGCGCCGGUCGCGCAACCGGGCCGGCACGCGGUACAAGCGGCGCGGCGUCGACGAGCACGGCAACUGCGCGAACUACGUCGAGACGGAGCAGGUGCUGUCCCUGCGCCAGCACCAGAUCUCGUUCACGCAGGUGCGCGGCUCGGUGCCGGUGUACUGGAGCCAGCCGGGGUACAAGUACCGGCCGCCGCCCCGCCUCGACCGGGACGAGCCGGAGACGCAGGCCGCAUUCGAGCGGCACUUUGACGGCGAGCUGCAGAUCUACCAGUCGAUCUGCAUCAUCAACCUGGUGGAGCAGAGCGGCAAGGAGAAGAUCAUUGGCGACGCGUACGCGAACCACGUGCUCAAGUACAACUCGGACCGGCUGAUCUACGUCACGUUCGACUUUCACGAGUACUGCCGUGGCAUGCGGUUCGAGAACGUGUCGUCGCUGAUCGAGUCGCUUGCGCCGGAAGCGGGCGCGAUGGGUUUCCACUGGCGCGACACGAACGGCCCGAUCUGCAACCAGAAGGGCGUGUUCCGCGUCAACUGCAUGGACUGUCUCGACCGCACGAACGUGGUGCAGACGGCCAUCGGCAAGGCGGUGCUCGAGUCGCAGCUCGUCAAGCUCGGUCUCGCCAUGCCGUACUCGCAGCUGCCGGACGCGCUCAAGGCCCCGUUCAUGGUGCUGUGGGCAAACAACGGCGACGUCAUAAGCCGGCAGUACGCGGGCACCAAUGCGCUCAAGGGAGAUUAUACGCGCACGGGGGAGCGAAAAAUUUCCGGCAUCAUGAAGGACGGCAUGAACUCGGCUAAUCGCUACUACAUUCAGCACUUCGCCGACACGUUCCGGCAGAGUUGCAUUGAUUUGCUGCAGGGGCAGCUGGCCCCGUCGGCCGGCCACAUCCCGGAGGACGAUGUGCGCGGCGCGGUCGUCGGCAUUGCCGCGACCGCACUCAAACCGGCCGGCCCGCUGACGUACUACAACUAUGGCCAGUGCGCGUCCGAGCAUCUGCUGCUCGAGCAGGUCGUCCAUAGUGCCAGCUACUAUCUGGCCCGGUUUAAGGACACGUACCGGCAGGCCACGAUCGAUAUGAUGCUCGGCAACAACGUGUCGCCCGAGUCGGUGUCGGCGCUCGGCGGCACCCAGACCGCCGCCACGGACGAGACGGACGCGCUGGAGGGUGCGGAGCAUGCGCGCCUGCUGGUCGAGGACUGCCGGCGGCUGCUGCUCGGCACGGCCCAGCUUCCGGUCGGUGCCUGGGGUCUCAUCGAUGCCGAUCCAAGUACCGGGGACCCGAGCGAGACGGAGGUGGACACGAUCCUGAUCCUGACCGACGACUGCUACAUCGUGGCCGAGUACGACUCGCACCUGGACAAGAUCGUGCGGUUCGAGAACGUGCCGCUCGCGAGCGUCACGCUGAUCGAGCUCGGCCUGUUCCAGCACAGCAAGAUGUUCCAGGGGCCGGCGGCCGCCCACCUGUGCGUCCGGCUGAACUACGCGGUCGACGGUGUGGACGGCUACUUUCACAUGUUCCGCUCGCCCAACAUCCGGUUCUUCAACAACGUGGCGGUGGUGAUCCGCAAGCCGGAGGAGAUCGCCGAAUCGCUCACCGCGAUCGUCGACCUGUUCCGCAUCGCGCUGCAGAACUGCGGCCGGACGGAGGUGGCGUUCCAGUGCGGCGGCAGCCUGCAGCGGCGCAAGAGCCGCACGCUGCUGUCCGUGCCCGCCGGCAUCCCGCGCAACCUGUCCGAGUCGCAGCUGGUGCAGAUGGGCUCGAAAGCGUUCAGCAACAUGGCGGGCCAGUUCUCCAAGAUUGGCCAGUCGCUGAACGCGAGCAAGAUUGGGCGCGCGGGCGGCGGCAGUAAGGGCAAGCCGGGCAAGGGCGGCGCGGACGAUGCGGUCGCUGGGGGGGAUGGGGCGGCAGCUCGGUCGGGUGGUCGGCGCGACGGCUCGAGCGGUUCGGUCAGCUCGUUCGGUGGCUCGGUGGGGGCCGGUGGUUCGACGGGCGGGCUGCGCCCCGGGUCGGCGUCGGCCGGCGGCAAGAUGGAGCGCUCCAGCUCGGAGUCGGAGGAGGGAGCGUGCAUGUACGAGCCGGAGGACGAGCUGGUCGAGCAGAACCCGCUGUACAACGAGAACGUGUUCCUGCCGUCGGUCGGCAUCGUGAUGGGAGGCGGAGGCGGAGGCGGCGGGGAGCAGGAGGGCGUCGGGCCGGCCAGCAGCAACGUGCUGGAGGAGCGGGACAGCAUCGCCAAGAUGUCGUCCGAUCUGUCCACCAUGUCGAUCUCGUCCGUGACCGAUCACAUCAACAUGCCGGUCGGCAUGCUGGAGUGUGCGUCGCCGAUACGGGUCAGCAGCCCCGCUCCGGAAAUCUUCGUCGAUGGGACGGCGAGCGGUGGCGACGGGGGCGGCGGCGGCGACGGUGGCCCGAACCGGCCGGGCCGCAACACGAUGAGCCUGAACCUGCAGGCACCGGCGGGCGGAGGUGGUGGUGGUGGUGGUGGCAGCGACAAUGCGCUGCGCCAGCUGAAGAAGCUGACCAGCCCGCUGUCCAACAUUGGCAAGGGUUUGCAGACGCUCGGCGCAAACCUCGAUCCGCGCAAGAUUACCGUCAAGAGCCCCGUCGCGCCAGUAAGAAGCACCAGUGCCGCGUUUGCCGAGAUCAAGCAGCUGGAGGAAAAGUGGGAAAAGGCUAGCUGCCGCACCAAGCUGAUUGCGCUGUAAAGCGACGUACGCCCAGCCCAGUGCUUGACUUUACCUUUCCUCGGUCUCAUGGCCACUAGUUGCGCACCUACCUUGCCGGUCCGUAGUUAAGUUAGAACGUGAAGCCAUGCUGCUGCGAAACACACCCUCACAAAAAAACACAACGACUCGUUGGCUUGUGGUUUUAGUUGUUGUUGCUGUUGCAAGUAUUAGUAGCAGAUUGAAAUCGAAAACAAAAAUACAACGUUUUGGACCAAUUCCACUAAUAGCAUGCAGGAACAUAACCCGCCCAAACGACGCCGCGAUGCGGAAUCUUAUAAAACGAAGCAGAGAUCAUCCUCAUCGAUCAAGCAGAUGUCGAAGCGUUUUGCUCAGUUUUGAUCAUUAAUUCGGAGGCUGCACAAACGUAACCUUUUCUCAUUCAUGCGCUAUUAGCAAGCACGCUCUGGUUGCCCAAGGCUUAAAUAUAGAGCCCCGAUUGCCCGAUGCCAAAGCUCGGUUCUUAUAGCCCGCGGUGCACGAUCGCAACAAGAAAGCAAAAAAAACGAAAGAAGAAGAAGAAGAAGAAAAAAUCCAGGAAAAAUUGCAACACGCACAGGACAGAACAACAAACAAACAAAACAAACGCUUCAGUAUGUAAUAAUUGUCGGCAGUAUUGUUAUUUAUCGAUUAGUCAAAUGGUUCGUACCCACGUAUGUGUGUGUGUGUGCGUAUAGGCAUUAUAGAAGCAAAUCCGUGCUCCGAGCCGUUCCAAACCAAAUACCGCGAGCAGGGCGGAGCAGUUGUAGGGCGAUAACCGUACGUUUAAACCAGAAAUACCAAAGUCAAUUAUGUAUAGCGUAUGUACCGCGGGUGGAGUGUGGUAUGCGCAGAGGGUGUACUAAGAUGCAGGCCACUCACACACACACACACACACACAUGCACACACAUGCACAUGCAUAAAGUAAUCUAUCCGUAGCCGCGGCACGCUGCGUAGUGUCGGCCGCCUUCGUUUUGCGCUUUGGAUCCGUAGUUGCCGAUUUAAGGGAAAUAGCAUUCCGGCCGGCCCCUCCAAGUAGGGCAGCCAGGCAUGAGUAGCUAGUAGAAGAGGAGAUAGUCCUGGAAACGCUAAGAAAACCAAACAAACAAACAAACAAACAAACAAAACAUGAAAACCCUUUGUAGCAAACCGUUACAUCGAUAGGGAUGGCCCGAGGGCCAGUGUAGGAGAUAAUAGCAGUCUAAGUAGUUGAAAUCAUAUCGCUUACCGAUAUCUAUACAUAUAAAUAUACACAUAUAGGGCGUAGCGAGUACGUUGCCUCGACAGUAUGACACUAUCCAUUCCCGGUUCCGUUGCGCUGCCGUUCCGUUGCGCGACGUAUUAUUGUUUUGCUUGCUCCGGGGUCUGCACCCCCGGGUAUGUUUUUAAGGACGCGUUUUCCAGUUACCGCAACGGCGUUGUGGUUGCUGUUUAACUGACGCCAUCAGCUGGGUAGUGCCUUCACGGCCCGGUCCCGGCUGCUGCUUUAGUGCUUGUUGGAAACGUGGAACCGUACGCUUGCCGCGAUAUAUAUUGUCUACCUUAGUGAAGCUACAGCUUGUACGAACAGCAGGGACACUUGCAAUAUUAGAAGUUUGGCCUUCGGUUUACCACAAAAAAAAAAAACAACAAAACAAUGGGACAGGUUUGCAGGUUGUGUGUCCACUCAGUUGCAGUUGCAGUAAAGAAUAAUUACUAAAUAAACGUUUUUUGCUUACAGUACGCAUUCAAUACCA